UCGGCUGCGCUUAUUGUAGUCUAGGAGAGUUCAAAACAGCAAUCGAGUACAAUCAACGUGGUCUAGAAAUUGCUAAAGAAGUGGGAGACAAUGCCGGAGAGGCAUCCUCACUCUCUCUUCUUGGACAAAGUUUUCACAGUCAAGGUAAACUGAGGAGGGCCUUUGACUGCUUUCACUCUAGUGUAGAGGCUUUUGAUAGUAUCAGGACGAGUCUGCAUUUCAAUGAUCAGUGGAAGAUUACUUAUCGUGAUCGGUAUAGGAGCGCAUACAUAGGCUUGUGGCGUAUAAAUCUAAUCCAAGGUGAAGUUGUUGAUGCUCUUCUCACCGCAGAGAGAGGACGCGCUCAAGCUCUGAGAGAUCUACUAACCUCAAAAUAUCAGCCCAGAGAUUUUUCGUUCGCUCUCCUUAGUUUUGUUCCAUCAAGUACAAUUUUUAUAGCUAUCAGUGGACCUUAUGUUCACUUCUGGGUUAUCCUUAGCGACGAUAAUAUCCAAUCGAGAAAGGUACAUGUGAACAAUUAUAAGUAUAAGGAGGAAUUGGAAUUUUUCAUCAAGCAACUGAACAAAACUGCCUUGAAAGAGGUUGGUGCAAGAGAUGCUGUUGCAUGCGAAAAUCCUCCUCAUUACUCGCCGAAACCGGAGAAAGUGGCGAACGAUAUGAUUCAAGUUGAUGUAAGGAACUCACAAUUAAGUGCUCUACAGAAGCUUUAUGACAUCAUCGUUACUCCUAUUGCUGAUCUGAUCAAAGGCAAUGAGCUUACAAUUGUUCCUGAGGGUCCAUUUUUUCUUGUGCCCUAUGCGGCAUUAGAGGACUCAAAUUCAACUUAUCUGAGUGAUUCAUUCAGAAUUCGUGUGCUUCCUUCCCUGACGACCUUACGACUAAUUAAUGAUUCCCCAGCUGAGUUCCACAUGAAGAGUGGUGCAUUGCUUGUUGGCGACCCAUGUUUCAAAGAGAUCAUGUAUCAGGGAAGACGUUUGGUGCAACUUCCAGGAGCAAGGGAAGAAGCGGAAAUGAUUGGACGAAUUCUCAGUAUUUCCCCCCUCACUGGAGAAAUGGCAACAAAAGGAGAAGUGUUAAAACGACUGUCAUCAGUGGCUUUGGUACAUAUUGCAGCGCAUGGUAAAAUGGAAACUGGGGAAGUUAUCUUGGCACCAAACACUACAAGAGAAACCACUCAGCCUGAAGAAAAGGACUAUCUACUGACGAUGAAAGAUGUCAUGGAAGCUGGGCUGCGGGCGCAACUGGUUGUUCUAAGCUGUUGUCACAGUGCUCGUGGGGAGGUCAUGGCCGAGGGUGUGGUCGGCAUCGCCCGAGCAUUCCUGGGUGCGGGUGCUAGAUCUGUUGUGGUAGCCUUGUGGGCGUUAGAUGACGAAGGAACCCUGGAGUUCAUGAGUUUCUUUUACGAUGCACUUGCUAAAGGCAAGAAGGCAAGUGAAGCUCUCAAUCAGGCCAUGAGAUGUAUGAGAGAAUCUGGAACGUUCAAGGAGGUGAAGUACUGGGCACCAUUUGUACUCAUUGGUGAUGACGUCAAACUUGAUAUCAAGGACAUCUAGUUGCUGAUCCAUUUCAGGGACCGAGCAUUGGAGCUGUAUCAUAGAGAUGACGAUACCCAAGGAAAUAAACCUUUGCCUACAAACGUUGACAUUUGGAACAGAAACCACAGGAAUACCAAUAAAAUCUCUGUAAGAGACUUCUAUGCAAAGCAAGCAGAACAGAAAGAGCCUUUGAGAGUCCGUGCGGAUUUCUACUCUUUCACAAGUUGAUAUUUUACUUAUUAUCUUAAAUGUUCUUAUAAGCUAUAGGGAUUUUGGACACGUCAAAGAAAAAGGACUUUGCAGUGUUUUUUAUCUUUAAUAUCUGACUCGAACCAGCUUAAAAGUAAUUUUUUCAAAAGCGGUUUCGUGAAAUUACUGUGACUGGCUAUGUAAAAAAAAUUUUCAUCUAGCAUGAGUGAGUUUGUUAUCUAUAAACAAGUU